UUUGGACACCCCUGGUCUAGGUGUUGUUACCUAGGUGACACAGAAAACAGGCUAUGACACUGGACACAAUGUUUUGAUUUUCCUAAAGGGUAAUUUAAAAAAUGUCCGCAUUCAGUUUGAGUAGCAAAAUCUCUUAAUUUAUAUUUUUGAUUAAAAUCAAUGGAUUCAUCAUUUGAAAGGUCAAAAAUCCGCAAUUACAGUUGAAUAUAUGUAGAUAUAUAUUUAUGAUUAGUCAGAAUUAUAUUUGUAGAUGUCUGAAUUGUUUUAACUGAGCCGUUCAAACACUUGCCUGUGCACAAAAUUGUCAGAAAAUGCCAAUGUAUAAAGGCGUCAGGAGUAUGCGACUCUUUAAAACGCAUUUGAUGCGCUAAAAGUUCCGCUGAAAAUGGAGCAUUUUCAAAAAAUAAUUUUCAUUGAUUCAUGGAAAUGUAAAAAUGCUCCGUAAAUCUGGGCCGUCAGAACAAAACAAUUAUUCAGCAUAUCAGCGACGUCUGAAUAGAAAUAGAAAAGCCGUCAAGAUUAAAAACUAAAGUUUAAGGUCGCUCAAAGUCGUUUUUAUUUUGAAAAUCAGCUGCCUACUUCCGGUUCCGGUCUGAUUAUCGCGGCUUGAAAGCCUUUCGGUUUUACUCGGUUCUUAUCUGGUUUUUGAAGAUGGGGGAGGCAGAUGUGACCCUCAGUCAGACCGAGGAGAAGCCCCCGGACUCGGCUCUGGUUCCCGGGGAGGACUCGGUGGUCUGGAGCCACGAAGUGGAGGUGUGUCUUUUCCACGCGAUGAUCGGGCACAAACCAGUGGGAGUGAACCGCCACUUCCACAUGAUCUGCAUCCGGGAUAAAUUCAGCCAGAACAUCGGCAGGCAGGUUUCUUCCUCCGUCAUCUGGGACCAUCUGGGGACCAUGUACGACAUGCAGGCUCUGCACGAGUCGGAGAUCCUGCCGUUUCCGAACACAGAGAAGAGUUUCUCGCUGCCAGAGGAGAUCAUCCAGGAGGUGAAAGGAGGCAAGCUGGGCUCAGAGGAGGAUACCAAGGAGGAGUUCAGGAUGGAGAGAGAACCUCCUGCUACACAUGAAGAAGGAAGUAACUCUUCUAUGAAGAUGUCGGAGCGAACGAGCGGCAGUCGGGAAAAAGAGAAGGAGCGUGACAAGGAGAAGGGUGGAGGUGAAGCAGCAGCAGCAGCAGCAGGAGGAGGAGGAGGAGGAGCAAAGGAGGCGGAGAAGAGGAAGAGGAGUCGAGCCACAGAGAAACUGCUGUCGUCUUCCAACCCGGCGAGUCCGGGAGGCGCCAAGAGGAGGCGGACCUGAGAGCUGGACUCUGAUUGGCUGCCUUACGCUGACUUCUCCUGACAACAGGAAGUGACACGUUUGGACCACCAGUUUAUUUCCUGUAGGUUUUUGUUUUCCGUGUUCAUGUUUCCCAUGGAGCCGAGCAGAACUCUGGACCGAACGCGGCUCUGCUGGAUGAACCGCUGCAGUUCUGCUCCGAACUCCGGUCGACCCGGUUCUGGAGAACUCAGUCGCUCCGUCUUCCAGGCUCCAGGGAUUGCAGCCGAGUCGGACCUCUGGGAAUGUUUCUCCUUCUGAAAUCUGCUGCAAACAAGCAGAAAAACACAUUUACAGUAUGAUGCUUUCCUCUUUCAUAUUUUUUAGCUUAUGUUUAGUUUCAGUUUCAUACAGCAUGGGAUAUUUUAAAAUGUUAUUCUUGGUUUUUAUUUUUAUUAAAAUAUUUAUUCAUGAUAACAAGACUGUUGGUGACAUUAAAGAUGAACUCCUGAG